AUGGCCACUUCGCACGGGAUUACCCGGCUAAAUAGGCAUCGCUCCAAUCGUGGAUACCAUAUAAAUUCGCAUGACAGGCUCGGAUAUCGCCUGAGAAAACGAUCGAGCUUUACCAUGAACAAUCGUCUUGACGUCCCGUCAACCGAAGAGGAUCCACCAUUACUGGAGAAUUGCUUAGAACCUGGCAAAUUAGCUCACACUUCAAAGGAUUCAUUGUCCCCAAAUGACAUCCCUCUUCGACAGUGUAGCAAUGGAAUCUCCGUCGACAGCGCUAAAUCAAAGGAAUUUCUUCGAAUCAAUGUAGGCGGACAACGAUUCAUGCUGAAGAAAGAUACUAUAUAUGCGAGGAAAGUCGGUCGAUUGAUGUGGCUCUUGGAUAUGAACACCACUACGGAACGUCUCACCUUAGCUGAUGCAUACUUCUCAUCCACUAAUGAGUAUUAUUUUGAGCGACCGCCCUCAUUGUUUCAUAUUGUCUAUCAGUUUUAUCUUACCGGACAAAUACACCAGCCCUCUCAUCUCUGCCCCAUCGACAUUCUCGACGAAUUAGAUUACUGGGGCAUCGUACCCGACAACUACCUCGCUCCUUGUUGCUGUGCAGAUACUGAUGAUCUGGACUCCAUUUCUUCGUUUUCUUCUGAGGAGACGCCCACCAAUCACUUCAAGCAACUGCCUUUGGGAGAUCUUCGAAGAAAAAUUUGGAACAUUAUUGAAGAGCCGACGAGCUCUGGCUAUGCUCAAAUUUUCGCCACAUUUUCUAUAUUAUUCGUGCUUAUAUCAAUCUCAGGACUGGUGCUGGGCUCUCUUCCAGAUUUACAAGUUGCUGUACAAAAGAACACGACCGAUGGAGUUGUUACUGACAUGGAACCACACCCCAUAUUAGGCUACAUAGAAUACGCAUGUAUCGUGUGGUUCAUGCUGGAGUACGUGACAAAAAUGCUAGUGACGGCAGAUCGACGGAAAACAUUCUUCCAAAUGUUGAAUAUCAUCGAUCUGAUGGCUAUACUCCCUUUCGUUAUUGAAAUGUUGUUGUUUAUGGUUGGUGUAAGCACUGACCAACUUAGAGAUCUCAAGGGAGCAUUCUUGGUCAUAAGAAUACUUCGAGUAUUGCGGGUAAUUAGAGUUUUGAAGCUUGGUCGCUACAGUAGUGGCCUGCAAAUGUUUGGGAAAACGCUCAAGGCAUCAUUUCGCCAGUUGGGAAUGAUGGCAAUGGUCGUGUUAACGGGUGUAAUCUUCUUUUCAACACUGGUAUAUUUUUUAGAAAAAGACGAACCAAAUUCACAAUUUUACUCUAUUCCGGCUGCUUGUUGGUGGUGCAUCGUAACAAUGACAACUGUCGGAUAUGGUGACCUAACGCCGAUUACUGUUCCUGGUAAACUCGUGGCAACUGGAGCAAUCGCCUGCGGAGUUCUUGUUCUAGCUCUUCCCAUCACCAUUAUUGUAGACAACUUCAUGAAGGUAGCGGAAGGCGAACGUGGAAACGAAAGUGGAGUUGCGCGAAAAUACGCACAACGACAAAGCGAACAGAUAGAGAAGAGAGAGCAUAAAAAAAUUUUGCUCGAGGUGAAAAGGCAAAGCCUUUUGCCAUAGCUUGGCAAGCUCUAAAUUUGCCGUACAUCUGGAGAAUCCAAACCUGAUUUGAAGGGAUCAAACCGGUGUUGAUAAAUGAAUGUUGCGUUUCACUGUUCUACCUACUACACGG